CAUACAGUCAUCGGCCCAAUCCAAUCUUUCCACCAUGGAUUGCUCUUUCUCUCUCUAAUUCUUGAUUCUUGUUUCUUUUUUCAUAAGACCUGCAAUUUCCAGCUAGCAAAUCUCUGCUUCACUCUUACUGUCUUAAAGCUUCUCUCUCUCUCUUCUGUACUGUAGCAACGGCUAUGGGGACAAUGCCACGGCCUUUCAUACUGUUCACAUUGUUCUCUCUCCUCUUUUCAACGGCCACCUCCGCCACCGCUCCCUCUCCAACCGCCGCCGCCGUCGCCGCUCCCACCGCCUCCCCAACGCCGGUUUCAAGAUCCCCUGCGACUUCCCAUUCAACACUCGACCCGAAACAGAUCAGAGCUCUCCAAUCUCUUAACAUUCCCACAUCCAAAGAUCCAUGUUCCAACCCGACCACCUCAUCCUGCGACGAUGAAUCACCAUUCCGUCACCUCCUCUCGCUCCGCCUCGUCAAUUGCUCCGACGAUGUCGAAAUGUCGGCCACCGCUCUCAAAUCGCUCUCAUCUCUCACUAAUUUGGAACUAAUCAACUGCCCUGUAGCCCCAGUUCGAUUCCCAUCUGAACUUGCGCUCAAUCUCCGUACAUUUACUUGUAUUAACAGUUUCCGGCACCUCACCGGCGUUUGGCUCAGUCGUUUACAGAAUGUCACUGAUUUAACUGUCUCGGACGUCACAGUCAAUGCUAGUGGACCGUCUAUCAUACUUGGAAACAUGAAGAAGAUUCAAUCUUUGACGAUUUCUCAAGCUAAUCUAGCAGGAUUUCUACCGAAACACUGGCAUUUGAACAUUACCCAUAUCGAUUUAUCAGGAAACAAGCUUCGAGGUAAAAUACCCAGUUCUUUAACAACUCUAGAAAACCUUCAGAUCAUAAAUCUCUCAUCUAAUCAGCUCCAAGGAGAAAUACCCGACUCCAUUGGUGACUUAAUGUCACUCCAGAACAUCUCCCUCUCAUCAAAUUCUCUAACCGGACCUGUACCUGAAUUAAUGGCCGCAAUUCCUACACUCGUUCACCUCGAUCUGGGUUCAAAUCAAUUAAACGGUACGAUCCCUAAAUUUAUCGCAGACAUGAAGGCAUUGAAGUAUCUGAAUCUCGAACAGAACAAUUUCAACGGGAUUAUGCCGUUUAAUGCCUCAUUCAUCAAGAGGUUGGAAGUAUUCAAAAUCGGGGGAAACAGCAAUCUCUGUUAUAACCAGACGACAAUGCCGGGAAAGGUGAAACUGGGGAUUGCUCCGUGUAACAAGCGUGGGUUGCCGAUGUCUCCACCGCCGGCGAAGGACUCGUCGGCGGACGACAGUAGUCCUAAAGACGAUGACUACAAUGACAGCGAUAGUGACAGUAAGGUUGAAAAUCACCAUGGGCCGAGUAAAGUUGUUUUAGGAGUUGCAAUUGGGAUUUCAUCCAUCGUGUUUCUAAUCGUUUUCAUGAUUCUUCUCUCAAAAUGGUGCGGUUGAGAGAAUUGUUUAUGUCUAUUCUUAUUCUUAGUUUAGCGUAUACAAUUUUAUGCCUCGAUAGUUUAGAUUCGAGUAAUCAGUAAAAAAAAAAAAAAAGAAAAAUUGGAUUUUGAUUGAAUCCGAUGAUUAAUUGAAUUAAGCUUUAUGAGUUGCCUGUGUUGUCCAAUCAUUCCUGCACCACUGUCUGGGGGAGGGAGAGAGAAAGGAGAGUGGAGGAGGUGAUCAUGUUUCAUGAUUCAUCUCUGUGGCCGCCUCCUGCAAAUAGCUGGAUUUUUUUAUUUAUUUUCUUCUUCUGAAAUUCAAGAUUUGCUUUUUUUUGUUCUUGCAGCAGUC